UUGAAUCAAACAAACGACGCAGUAUGCGGCUCCAAACAGAGAAAUAACACAUUCAGCGACAACAACAAAGGAUAUAUCCAUUCCAUACAUUCCAAAGCUAGAUCCGAUCCAAAGGCCACCAAUCGGCCCGAUAAGGCGGCGAACCAGAUCCGAGUAUCCGAGCAGGGGUAUAUAGGUCGCCGGUGGAGCGGGAAAAAGUGGGAAACAGUCGGAAAAGCAGUUGGGCCAUUUCACACAGGAAGCGGAGUCUAGUUGGCCAUCCGGCAGAAGAGAAACCUUUUCCAAUCGUUAACAUGCUGUCGCGCCUGCAGGACUUCUUGUCACGCCACCGGCGAAAGUUCAUAGUGACCGGCGUUCUGGUGGGCGGUACCAUCUUUGCGGCACGAUAUGCCCAGCGUCGAUUUGUGGAGUUCCAGGAGAAACAGGCCAGGGAAUUCUUUGAGAGAACGCGUCGCACGACCCACUUUGAGUCGACGGAGAAGACGUGCAACCAGGUGAUCCUGGGGAUGGGCGAGGAGAUGUGUCAGGCGGUGCUCAGGGAGUGCAGCACGGAAGAGCUGCUCGAGCAGUUGCGCCAGAAUCCAAAGAACAAGCUGGAACUCUGGGAGGACAUGAAGAUUGUGGCGUUCACAAGGCUAGCCACAUACGUCUACGCCUCCUCCAUGCUGGUUAUUGCUCUGAGGGUGCAACUAAAUCUCCUGGGUGGCUACAUCUAUCGGGACAUCAUGACGGAACAGAAGCAAGUCACAGACGAGCUGAAGCAGCAGUAUCUCUCCCUCAUCCGACACUUUAUCACGGAGUCGGGCAUCCGGGAUCUAGCCCGAUAUAUACGCACCCAGGUCAUCGCUGUCACCAAGACCAUGCCGCUCUCCCAACAGCUUUCUCUUGGCGACUUGGAGCAGCUGUUUUGGUCGCUGCAAAUGGCCAUCAAUGCGGACACUCGUCGGGAUCCCAACUCGCGAAUGAGCAAGUAUCUGCUGCCCAGCCAGAAUCCCAGUCAUUCGCCGCUGCUGCAGAAGAUGUUCAACGAGACGCUUGAUCUGCUGGAGAGCGAGGAUGCCAUUGGGGUCUGCUCGCACAAUGUAAGCCGUGGAUUCGUGCUAGCCUGCGAUGCCAUUGCCGAAAGCAUGGGCGAAACUUUGCAACAUCUGCCGCAAGCUGAAGUGCAAACCCAGCAGGAACAGAACCUGAAGUUCAACCAGGCAGGAAGCUCAGGCGCCAAAAACACGAAGAGCCUAAACGGUCUGGAGAACAACAACUUGCUGAACAUCAACCGAGUGCUGUUGGCGUUGGCCAAGCUCAUUCCAAUCAUCAGUGGUCUCACCUCGAGGGGCUUCGAUACCACUUCGCGACCCCACAAUCUGCCUACCCAGCUGCUCACCUUUUACGUGGUCGCCGAGAAGACAAAGACGCUGGGGGCCAACGUCUACGAAAGCUUCAGCUCCGCUUAGGAGAUCGACAAAACUUGGAUUAUGCAUCCGUGCAUAGGCUAGGCUAAGACAAUUGGAACAUUAUAGUUUAUAUACCUGUAUAUUUUUAAUACGAUCUUAAUUCUCAGAAGCAUUGUUUGUAUGUCUACUUGAACCCCAACCCGUAUUAAGUUUAGCUUCUAAGAAUAUGUAAUCGAAGCAAGUGUAAGGUAUACUUAAGCAGAUUCCCCCCAUUGAGUCCACGGGGAAUCCUUCAGGACAGGGACACAAAUCGAGUAACGUGAAGGCCUUUAAAAAUAACUGGAGAGUGUAUGCAACAUAUGAGAGAAUAUUUAUAUAGGAAGGACCUGAGGGCUAUUUAGUAUCAAAAAUAUAUGGAAAAGUAAUUUA